AUGAAGUCCGGAAAACGGCGCUGGAGAGUGUUCCUCCACAAUCUGAAUCACGACCGGAAGAUGUCCGAGCACCAUCAUCUACACGAGACGUCACAGAUAAGAACUUCUUUGCAAGCUGCCAGCCGUACACACAGACGACUUUGGGCAUGUGGAGUCGAAAGAGAUCGAAGCCGCCUCCUCGGCAUCCAAAAGUUAGUCCAAGGACGCCUGGCUUGCAAGUCCACUACUAGGGAUCCUGCAGUAGGCUCCGGCCCGGCCACCACCCAUGUCUGUGGCUCCAAGCGCGCUCGAGUGCCGUCGCCGUCAUGGUACGGAAAGGUCGGUGAUGGCAUUCUUCGUGACAACGAUACCUGCUUCCCAAAGUGCAGAGAUACCUCGGGUGCGCUCCAAGUGAAUGCAGCCAACAUGGAGCAACCUCGCGGUGUCGAUGUUCAGUAUGUCCUGGACUGA